CUGAGCAGUCCACUGAAUCCAAAAAGAAGAGCAUAUUUGUCUGAAGAUUUGAGAUGUCUGGAUUAUAUAAGAAACUCACCUUGGUGGCAGCAGUGGCUCUGGGUGCCUUGAGCGUGGUGAGGUCGUCCCCAGUGGUGGGGCCAGAGCCCAUCCGCUGUGCCACCUGUACGCAGGAAAAACUCAACGACUGUCCAGCCAUCCCAGCAGACUGUAGUCAGGUGCUGAGGGAGCCUGGGUGCGGCUGCUGCAUGGCCUGCGCUCUGGAGAAAGGAGCGUCCUGUGGGGUUCACACAGCCCACUGUGGCGAGGGGCUCCGCUGCACUCCCAGGCCUGGCGAGGUCAUGCCGCUCCACGCUCUGACCAGAGGACAGGGGGUCUGCACUGAAGACCUGGGCCAAGAAGAAACUGAUGGAGUCCUUGACCACGGCUCCCUGCACUACCUGUUGGGUCUCAACCUUCCCCUAGACUACCAAGACAAUGCUGAGGGCCAGGAGAGCAUCAAGGCCAAGGUCAACACCAUCCGCAACAAACUGGUACAACAGGGUCCCUGUCACACUGAACUGCAUGCAGCACUUGACAUGAUAUCCAGCUCUCAGCAGAAACUUGGAGAGAAGUUCACAACUUUCUACCUCCCCAACUGUGAUAAGCAUGGCUUCUACAAGGCCAAGCAGUGUGAGUCAUCUCUGGUCGGACCGCCCGCUCGCUGCUGGUGUGUGUCUUCCUGGAAUGGGAAGAAGCUCCCUGGGUCAAGUGACCUGCUCAGUGACUCAGAGUGUCAUCAAGAAGUCACUCACUGACUCACCCAUAAACCGAAAUAGACACAAACAUGUUUCAUAAAGUGAGAGUGUAACUCUGCUUGCGCCAACCUGAUAAACUGACUUCCUUUCAUAAAAACACACUCAUUCACACAAAAUGUAAAAUCCUAUUCCAGAGGGGGAAAUUUCCUCUCAUUUUAUUUACAUGAUGUAUGUAUCAAGACUUAUUUAUUCUGACUAGCAUUAACCAUUUGUGCAUUUUUAGAUUUUUUAUAUGUUUGCCCAUUUUUUUCCUGAUUGUAAAUAGGGCAACACUGUAUACAUUUGUGUUUCUGACUAAAUAACUCCAUUGCUCAAAACCACAGGUCCACGGCUCUGCCAAGCCCGUUUCAGAGUCUUCAGGAUCAGCUUUUUUUUUUUUUUUUAUUCAUUCAAAAGUGGAGCUGUGUACGGCACGAAACAACACAGCCGCUCAUUCAUUCAAUGUGUUGACAUUGUCUGAAUGUAUCUCCAUUGGCGUUUCCUCAAUGGGUAUUGGGGGAAAUACUUAAAGUGCCGCAAGUAUGUGCAUGGUGGCCAAGCACAAACAUAUCAGGGCUCAUCCAAGCCACUGUGAGGUUUGGGAUGGGUCGUUCUGCAUUUGUCUACCUCUACUCGUCUCUGCAGGUCCACAGGUUUAGCAGAGGAUUUCUGAGGGCUCUUCUUAGCUACAACUUUCUCCCAUUAGGGACUUUAUUUGUCUUUUUUUUUUCUUGACCUAUUCUUGCAUCUACUCAAGUAUUUAUUAGGAUUUACUCACGUGUUUCUGAGCUCAUGUGCAGUGGGCCAAAUUGUUUGUGAAUGCCAGAAUUGCUGCUAUUCCAUUAUUAGCCUUGUUGAAACAAUGUAUAUAUUCAAAUUCUGUGAAUGUGCAUCCAAUUAAAAUGUUAUUUAAUCAAAA